CGAGUCACACCGGAAUCGUUAGAGCAACAAAUAUGGCGACGCGGUGUUGAGAAGCCUAAAGUCAAACUCGGUUUUUAAAGUUUUAUCUUUAAGUUGUAGUUAUUCCUAUCUGUGAACAAUGCCAGCCUUGGAAGUAGGGUUUGCACCCCCGACGGAGGCCCCUGAAAAUGCCCCUGCACAGUCUACUCAGGCUGUUGUGGGUAUUAUUUAUCCACCCCCUGAGGUUAGGAACAUCGUUGACAAGACAGCCAGUUUUGUAGCCAGAAAUGGUCCCGAAUUCGAAGCUCGAAUCCGGGACAAUGAGCAGGGUAACCCAAAGUUCAACUUUCUUAACUUUGGAGACCCUUACCAUGCAUACUAUCAGCAUAAAGUUAAAGACAUAAGAGAAGGGAAAGCCCAAGAGCCAUCCCAGAUUGGUGCACCUGGAACUACAGCUCCUUCCAAGACUGUUGCAUCUGUACAACAAAAGCAGCAGGAACUCCUCAAGUCAGCUAUAGAACAGCCAUUCAUUCCUAAAGAUCCACCUGCAGAAUUUGAAUUUAUUGCUGACCCUCCGUCAAUUUCAGCUCUUGACCUGGACAUUGUCAAACUUACUGCGCAGUUUGUGGCUUUAAAUGGCCGAACGUUCCUCACUAAUUUAAUGAAUCGCGAACAACGGAACUUUCAGUUUGACUUUCUAAGGCCCCAACAUUCCCUUUUUCAGUACUUUACUAAGCUUCUGGAACAGUAUACCAAAGUACUAAUUCCCCCUAAAGACAUGAUGUACCGACUGAAAGAUGAAUGUUCCUCAACUGGAAAUAUUUUGGAUCAAGUCAAAUAUCGCUCUGAGUGGAUAAAAUACCAAGAAGCCCAAAAGAGGAGAGAAGAGGAAGAACUUGAGAAGGAGAGAGUGGCAUAUGCUCAGAUUGACUGGCACGACUUUGUUGUUGUUGAGACUGUCGAUUAUCAGCCCAUGGAAGUGGGCAACUUUCCACCUCCAACCACUCCGGAUGAAGUUGGUGCUCGCAUCCUGAUGCAGGAACGAUAUGAUGGUGGAGAUGAAAUGCAACUCAGUGAUGAUGAGGAUGACGAGAGAGAGGAAAGAGGCCGUCCUGCUCGAGCUCGGAAGGCACCGGCUCAGCAUGUAUUCAGGCGCGACCGCCCAGAUCGACGAGGAGAAGAUGAAGAGGACAGAGAGCAGCAAGAAGAGGUGCUUAGGCGUUACAAGGACAAGAAUGAAAGCCGGGACAACACACAGGUUCAAGACAUGGAAGAGGGAUCGUCAAGUGAAGAGGAAGAUGAUGGUCCUCCAGGAGAAAGAAAGCUUCCUGCUCCUCCACCACCUCCUCCCAAGGACACUAUGCAGCCCCCACCCCUGCCGCCGAUGCCAGAUCGUGUGCUUGUCAAGAAGGGCUACGAUCCCAAACAAGCUGUUAAGAUUACUCGUCCUCCUGCUCCGGAUGAAAUGCUGAUUUCCCCCAUUACUGGAGAGAAAAUUCCAGCUAACAAGGUUCAGGAGCAUAUGCGAAUCGGUUUGCUCGAUCCUAGGUGGGUUGAGCAGCGUGACAAGCAUAUCCAGGACAAGAUGAACCAGGAGACUGUCUAUGCACCAGGUGCUGCCAUUGAGGCCAGUUUGAAACAGCUCGCCGAGCGUCGUACUGACAUUUUCGGUGUGGGAGAUGAGGAAACGGCCAUUGGUAAGAAGAUCGGUGAGGAGGACACUCGCAAGGACGAAAAGGUCACGUGGGACGGACACACGUCGAGCGUGGAGGCUGCGACUCGCGCGGCGCGUGCCAACAUCACCCUGGAGGACCAGAUCCACCAGAUCCACAAAGUGAAGGGCCUGGUGCCGGACGAGGAGAAGGAGAGGAUCGGGCCAAAGCCCAUCAAGGGACGCGACCGCGACCGCGCCAUGGCCGGCUCCAUGGACAAGGCCCGCAAGCAGGACCAGCCCAAGCCGCCGGGCACCAAGGAGGGCUUGGGGCUGGGCCCGGGGGUGGCGGCGCAGUCCGGCCCCAAGCCACAGGCCCCACCGCCGGCCGCGCCCAGCGUGCCCUUGCCGCCCAUGGCCCCCAUGCCGCAGAUGGCCCCAAUGGCCGGCCUGCCCCAGGGCCUGCCGCAGGGCUUGGCACCCGGAAUGCCCCAGGGCAUGCCGCAAGGGAUGCCACAAGGCAUGCCUCAGGGAAUGCCCCAGGGCAUGCCUCAGGGUAUGCCCCAAGGAAUGCCCCAGGGAAUGCCUCAAGGCAUGGGGCCGGGCAUGGCUCCUGGUAUGCCGCCUGGUAUGUCGAUGGCGCCGCUGCCCAUGGCCCCCAUGGCGUCUAUGCCUCCGGGAGGACCUGGUAUGCCCCCUGGAAUGCCUCCAGGCAUGAUGAUGAUGCCUGGCAUGGCCCCUCGGCCUAUGAUGGUUCAACAAGGUCCUUAUGCUGUGCCUCAAUCUGGACCCCCAAUGCAACGGUUUAUGCCUCCAGGGGGCCCUCAGCCAGCUCAGCCACAGAUGCCACAUCAUAUGCCCAGGCCGUCAGAUGGCAUGGAAGAUGAACCUCCAAGCAAGAAAUCUCGUACAGAAGAUUCUCUCAUGCCAGAACAGGAAUUCUUAUCAAAGCACAAGGGCCCCGUUACAAUCAAGGUUCAAGUGCCCACGCCUACUUCAUCGGACAAACCAGAAUGGAGAUUAAAUGGACAGACAUUGAACCUUGUUUUAGCCUUGACAGACACAUUUUCUGCUGUUAAGAGCAGAAUACAAGAUGAGACCGGCUUGCCACCAGCCAAGCAGAAGUUACAAUAUGAGGGAAUGUUUUUCAAGGAUUCAAAUACUCUUGCCUUCUAUAACAUGUUAUCUGGUGCUGUUGUUCAGUUGCAAUUGAAGGAGAGAGGUGGAAGAAAGAAAUAG